GAAUAUUGCUAUCGAAACCCCUGUGGACUCAUCAAUUUCAUAUCACAUUUAUAGGGUAUAUUUGCAGGGGCCGUCUAAUUGAUUAGUUGCUAAGAAGCCUGGAAGUUCUCACGCGUUAGGUAUGAUGUAAGGAUCUGAAUAAGGUCGAGGAAGUUGGAUGAUUAUAGUAUGCAGGUGUUGUAUAGUAAGUAAGGUAUUAGUCUGUUUGGAUAUUUAGAGAAAUAAUAUUUGGUAUGCAUCCAUUUCCCUAACUCAACUUCUCGAUGAGACGAAGGCUUUUUACGAUAUAUAUCAAUUGUGCUUUGCAUGUUUUAUGAUUUGAUUGAGAUUGAUCGACCAUUUCUUGUUAAUACCUUUUGGGCCUCAAAGACGUAAACAAAUCGCAAUUUUGAGCACAGUCCUACGAUUCUACGGAACUUAAGAUCUCUAGAGAUCUGGUGACUGAGGGAACAAACGAAUAUGGGUGGUUUUACAAUUGAUCGGUCGAAGACGAUACAUGUACCUUUUCGCGGUCCUGCUACCCACACAAAUGUGGCAGAUCGAUUGCGCGAAUGCGACAAGGCGGGGGGGUUCACUGGAAAGAAGAUCAGGGCGGCCAGAAAGUCAAGAUUUAGAGAAGAGGGGUUGGAUGAUGAGGUGAUUGAAAGGGUGGACGUUGGGAGUCUGGGAGGGGAAUUCGCAAUUGCAGGAACCGAUUUGAGAACAAGAAGUACAUGGAAUGGAAUAUCGACAAACAUACCGACUUCGCCAGUUUCAGGAGAAAAGAGAGAAAGGACGGAAAACCAUGAUGAGCCGAGAGCGGCAAAGGUUGGGAAGACUGGCAGACCUGCAAUUGCGACUUCGAAUACACCUCCUGCACCAUUCUCUACGAUGCCGAGAGUUGCACUACUCGCAUUUCUGAUUGCAGUGGUUGUGCCUGCAUUUGGAUACACUGGAAGGCAGAACAGUAACAGAAAUUUUAUGAAGGGAAAUGGUGCGGAUGCGGGCAUUAUAAGGGACUCGGAAUUUGUGGAUAAUGGGAGCAUGAUCGAGGGGAGGGCUGACAGUCCCACUUCCAUUUGUACAAGAUGGAGUCAUAUGACUGCGAAUGUCAAUGGAACGCUAUACAUAUAUGGAGGAGAAGCAACCACAAAGAGUGGGCAAACUACGGAUACUUGGAACAACGACUUCCUAACAUUAGAUCUUACCAAAUCAUGGCAAAUUUCAUCCCCAGUUCUAUCCGGUCUACCACAACCAUCAGGCCCACCUGCAGUAGCAAUGGGCUCUCUCUGGCAUACAUAUGAUUCGUUAUUUCUAUAUGGAGGGGAGUUCUCAGAUAGUCCACCAACUUCUCCUGCCGCAGUAGCAACAUGGAAAUACGAUAUUUCGUCGGCAACCUGGACGGAGUUUUCAAAUCCACAAACAUCGGCGGGGAAUGGCUCAGAUACUGCACCGGCGGAUGUUCAGCGUGCGGCGGAGGGUGCGGGGCUGAGUGUCCCAGAAUUGGGCAGAAGUUGGUAUUUUGGGGGACAUUUGGAUUUGUAUACAACUCCCGGGUGGUCAAAUCAAAUUGCUAGAAUAUAUUUGAGGAGUCUUCUAGAAUUCACUCAUCCUGGAUAUACAAAUACUGGAGUGACUUCAUUGGGAACUACGAGUGGAGCUGGUUCCGGUGGUGUAUACAGGAACAUUACACAAGGCGGCUUGCAAGACGAGGCUGGCUUUACAGAGAGAGCUGAUGGUGUUUUGGUAUAUGUUCCUGGCUGGGGAGUAGAUGGAAUGCUGCUUGGAUUGGCAGGUGGUACUAAUGCGACAUUUACAGAGAUGAAUAUUAUCGACGUAUAUGAUAUCGCAAAUAGUACUUGGUACAAGCAGGCUACCUCGGGAGCAACUCCUCCCAUUCGUGUUGACCCUUGUGCUGUCGUUGCCGCUGCGCCUGACGGUAGCAGUUUCAAUGUUUAUUUAUAUGGAGGACAAAAUCUCAUUCCAUAUGGUAACCAAACCCAAUAUUCUGAUAUGUGGAUUCUCACCAUUCCAUCCUUUACUUGGAUCCAAGUCGAUAUGACAGACCAGUCUCAAUCGUUACCCCCAGCUCGAGCAGGUCAUACCUGUAAUCUUUGGGAUGGACAGAUAGUAGUUGUUGGCGGCUACGUUGGUCAGGACAUCUCGUGUGAUAGCCCUGGUGUAUAUGUCUUCAAUGCAUCGUCACUUCAAUGGACCAAUUCCUUUACAGCCCUCUCGUCCCCCUCGUCCUCUUCAUCAGACCAAAACUCAGAUAUUAUCAAAGGCUCGACAGGUUAUACCGUCCCUGAUAUCGUACAAUCUGUUAUUGGCGGUUCGGGACUGGGAGGUGCAACGGCGAGUAUACCGGCAGCAGGAUCAGCAACUGCCGGUCCUUUAGCAACGGGGAAACCACCUACGUUCACAGUAACACAAUCCCCAUCCACAAUCACUUCUACUUCUACCCCAACGUCAUCUCCUGACUCGGGCAAAAAGGGACCAAAUAAAGCAGCCAUUAUCGCAGGUGUCAUUGCAGCUGUAUUAGGUAUUCUAGCUGGGUAUCUGGCGUUCUGUACUUGGCUUUAUAGGAGACAGUUAAACCUUUAUAAAGACCAUGUGGCAAUGUCUCAGAGAACGGCUUUUGUGCCUGCCGGUAAAAUGUUUAGGGGAUCAGACGGGUCAAGUCGAGAAGACAGAGGGAUAAUGUUGGGACCGUUUGGAACGGAUAUCAGUGCAGCAGGUGGGGUGCAGACUCCUAGUGUCAGGUCUGAAGGGGGAGGUGUUUCGAGUUCGGGUAAUGAAGGGAGUGGUAGCGGUAGUGGGAAUGAGGAUAGAGGAGGGGGAGGUGGGACGUAUGUGUUUGGAGGCGGUAUCAUGCCGGGAGGGGCAUCUUAUCAGACCAUUGACGAAGAGGAUGAGGGGGUUGUAAUAGGAAGAAGCGAGAGUGUAAGAGCGGGAUGGAGAGGACAUAAAAAGGGAAUGGGGAGUGUAGGUAGUACGGGGAGUAUUACGAGUAGUUUGGAGGAUUUACUGGGGGAUAGAGAACCGAAUUUCUUUAACGUGGUGAUGAAUCCGAGGAGGACUUUGAGGGUUGUCAAUAGUGAUUAGUGUCUGGCUGCCGGAGGGGGGAGUACUGGUCUUCAUUGAUGGAUUGAAUAAGGGUCAGAAGGUUGGGUGUAGAUUGGUGCGGUUGGCGCGUUCUUGUGGGUAGAUUUAUGGAUGGAUAUAUAAGGUCCAGUUUUGUUUUGGUUUGGUUUUAUUUGGCGUACAUGUAUGCAUAAUUGGAUGGGGAUUUUGUAAAUGGGAUCUGGAUUCGGAUUGAUGGAUGGAUGGAUGGAUGGAUGAAUACACGAAUAGGAUAGGAUACCCACA